GCCACCGUCGAUCCCUGGCCGGAAGAACGCGACUCUUUCCGGGCUUCGGGGUCCUGGGAGACAGUAUAAGAGCUUUCUCCAGUCCCGCACCGGUGUCUCUCCCGGAGCAGGACGCGUCGCCAUGGCGACGCCGGGGGAGCUGGAGCGGUGGGUGGAGGAGGAGCUGCACUCGGUGCUGGGGCUGAGCGAGCGGCACGUCGCGCAGUUCCUGAUCGGCACCGCGCAGCGCUGCGUCUCCGCCGAGGAGUUUGUGCAGCGCCUGCGCGACACCGACACCCUGGACCUCGGCGGGCCGGCGCGGGACUUCGCGCUGAGGCUCUGGAGCAAGGUCCCACGGAAGACUGUGGUGGAAAAGCCAGCUCGGGUAGCUGAGCGAGAGGCCCGAGCCCUGUUGGAGAAGAACCGUUCUUAUAAGUUGUUGGAAGACAGCGACAGCGAGAGUGGUGAGGAGGCAGUGGGCAGGGACGGGAGCAGCCUCCAGAAGAAGAGAAAGAGAAGGAAACACCUCCGAAAGAAACACCAGGAAGAGGAGGACGAGGAGGAGGAGGAGGAAGAGCCAAUCAGGAAGAAGUCAGGGGGGAGUAAAUCGCCCACGGAGGAGAAGCCAGCCUCAGAGGAUGAGUGGGAGAGGACGGAGCGUGAGCGUCUCCAGGACUUGGAGGAACGGGAUGCCUUUGCAGAGCGGGUUCGGCAACGCGACAAGGACCGGACCCGGAAUGUCCUGGAACGGUCAGAUAAGAAGGCUUAUGAAGAGGCUCAGAAGCGACUCAAGAUGGCUGAGGAAGACCGGAAAGCCAUGGUCCCUGAGCUCCGUAAGAAGUCUCGUCGGGAAUACCUUGCAAAGCGGGAGCGGGAAAAACUGGAGGACCUGGAGGCAGAACUGGCUGACGAGGAGGUCCUGUUUGGGGACGUGGAGCUGAGCCGCCAUGAGCGCAGGGAGCUCAAAUAUAAGCGACGCGUGCGGGACCUGGCUAGGGAGUACCGGGCAGCGGGCGAGCAGGAGAAGCUGGAGGCCACUAAUCGCUACCACAUGCCCAAGGAGACCCGAGGACAGCCAGCUCGAGCUGUGGACGUCGUCGAGGAGGAAUCGGGUGCUCCAGGAGAGGAGCAGCGGCGCUGGGAGGAGGCCCAGCUGGGUGCUGCGUCCCUUAAGUUUGGGGCCCGAGAUGCUGCUGCACAGGAGCCCAAGUACCAGCUGGUGCUGGAGGAGGAGGAGACCAUCGAGUUUGUCCGUGCGACUCAGCUCCAGGGUGAUGGUGAGAGGAAGAAAGAGUCUGGGAUGGUGACUCGAAGGCUUCUAAAGCCCUUUGAUGGGGACCUCACCAUCUCUGUCGCCCUUCCUCAGGAGCCAUCCCAAGGAGUAACCCUUCUCUCCUUUUAGGGUUACACAAAGAAGGGUAUGAAGAUUGCUUGCACCCAGCCUCGGAGAGUGGCGGCCAUGAGUGUAGCAGCCCGAGUGGCCCGGGAGAUGGGUGUGAAGCUUGGGAAUGAGGUGGGAUACAGCAUCCGGUUUGAGGACUGCACAUCAGAGCGAACAGUUCUCCGCUACAUGACAGACGGAAUGCUACUCCGGGAGUUCCUCUCUGAGCCUGACCUUGCAAGUUACAGUGUGGUGAUGGUGGAUGAAGCUCAUGAGCGGACCUUGCACACAGACAUUCUCUUUGGAUUGAUCAAAGAUGUUGCUAGAUUCCGACCGGAGCUCAAGGUCCUGGUGGCUUCAGCCACACUGGAUACUGCCCGUUUUUCUGCCUUCUUUGAUGACGCCCCUGUCUUCCGUAUCCCUGGACGCAGGUUUCCAGUUGACAUCUUCUAUACCAAGGCCCCAGAGGCUGACUACCUGGAAGCCUGUGUUGUGUCAGUGCUGCAGAUCCAUGUGACUCAGCCCCCUGGGGAUAUACUGGUGUUCCUGACAGGACAGGAGGAGAUCGAGGCUGCCUGUGAGAUGCUCCAGGACCGCUGCCGCAGACUGGGCUCCAAGAUCCGGGAGCUCCUGGUGCUGCCCAUUUAUGCCAACCUGCCCUCAGACAUGCAGGCUCGCAUCUUCCAGCCCACACCCCCUGGGGCCCGAAAGGUGGUUGUGGCAACAAACAUUGCAGAAACUUCCCUCACCAUCGAAGGCAUCAUUUACGUGCUGGAUCCAGGGUUCUGCAAGCAGAAGAGCUACAACCCUCGCACAGGCAUGGAGUCCCUAACGGUCACACCCUGCAGCAAGGCUUCAGCCAAUCAGCGUGCUGGCCGAGCAGGCCGAGUGGCUGCAGGGAAGUGCUUCCGCCUGUACACAGCCUGGGCCUAUCAGCAUGAGCUGGAGGAGACCACAGUUCCUGAGAUCCAGAGGACAAGCCUGGGCAACGUUGUGCUGCUGCUAAAGAGCUUAGGCAUCCACGACCUGGUGCACUUUGACUUCUUGGACCCUCCACCGUACGAGACCCUGCUGCUGGCUCUGGAACAACUUUAUGCCCUUGGCGCCCUCAACCACCUUGGAGAACUCACCACGUCUGGUCGAAAGAUGGCAGAGCUGCCUGUGGAUCCCAUGCUGUCUAAAAUGAUCCUGGCCUCCGAGAAGUACAGCUGUUCCGAAGAGAUCCUGACCGUGGCUGCUAUGCUGUCUGUCAACAAUUCCAUCUUCUACCGGCCCAAGGAUAAGGUCGUCCAUGCCGACAAUGCCCGUGUCAACUUCUUCCUCCCUGGUGGGGACCACCUGGUUCUGCUAAAUGUGUACACACAGUGGGCUGAGAGUGGCUACUCUUCCCAGUGGUGCUAUGAAAACUUCGUACAGUUCAGAUCCAUGCGCCGAGCCCGGGAUGUGCGGGAACAGCUGGAGGGGCUCUUGGAGCGUGUGGAAGUUGGCUUGACUUCUUGCCAAGGUGACUACGUUCGUGUGCGAAAGGCCAUCACUUCGGGUUAUUUUUACCACAUAGCAAGGCUGACUCGGAGUGGCUACCGCACAGUGAAGCAGCAGCAGACAGUGUUUAUUCAUCCCAACUCCUCUCUCUUUGAACAACAGCCACCACCACGCUGGUUGCUCUACCAUGAGCUUGUCUUUACCACAAAGGAAUUCAUGAGACAGGUAAGGGACUAUUGCUUGCUCGGAUGGGUGGAGACUGGGGAGACAAUAUGCUGGCUCAGUUCAUAUGAAAGGGACUGUCAUGGAGACAUGAAGGGUUAG